UCGAGAGGGGCAGCGGGGCGCAGACCCGGGGAGGGGGCCGGGCUGCGGGGAGGGCGGCCUGGCCCCCGACUCGCAGCCCAGUUUCUGAGCAAAUCCCGCCUCCAGCCCCGGGCGCCGCGGCGGCUGCUGCUCGCCUCUUUGUAACCGAGGAGUCAAGAAAUCAGUGGUCCGCGAAGGGGUCGUGGUCCAGCACAGAUGCGUUUGUCGGAGGACACGCUGCAGGUUCGGGUCAAGGCGUAACGCCUGGGGCUUCCAAUGAUACUCUGGGCAGAAAUGGGAGCCUAGAUGCCUCACCGCAAGGAGCGGCCGAGCGGGUCCUCGCUUCUCGCACACGGCAGUGCCGGCACCGCGGAGGGAGGAAGCAUGUCCCGGUUGUCUCUCACCCGGUCGCCCGUGUCCCCCCUGGCCGCCCAGGGGAUCCCGCUGCCCGCGCAGCUCACCAAGUCCAACGCCCCCGUGCACAUCGACGUGGGCGGACAUAUGUACACCAGCAGCCUGGCCACGCUCACCAAGUACCCUGACUCCAGAAUAAGCCGCCUCUUCAAUGGCACCGAGCCCAUCGUCCUGGACAGUUUGAAGCAACACUAUUUCAUUGACCGGGAUGGGGAGAUUUUCCGUUAUGUCCUGAGCUUCCUGCGGACGUCGAAACUGCUGCUCCCGGACGACUUCAAGGACUUCAGCCUGCUGUACGAGGAGGCGCGGUACUACCAGCUGCAGCCCAUGGUGCGGGAGCUGGAGCGCUGGCAGCAGGAGCAAGAGCAGCAGCGCCGCAGCCGGGCCUGCGACUGCCUGGUGGUGCGGGUCACGCCGGACCUGGGGGAGCGCAUCGCGCUCAGCGGCGAGAAGGCCCUCAUCGAGGAGGUCUUCCCCGAGACGGGGGACGUCAUGUGCAACUCGGUGAACGCCGGCUGGAACCAGGACCCCACGCACGUCAUCCGCUUCCCGCUCAACGGCUACUGCCGGCUCAACUCGGUGCAGGUCCUGGAGAGGCUGUUCCAGAGGGGUUUCAGCGUGGCCGCGUCCUGCGGGGGUGGCGUGGACUCAUCCCAGUUCAGCGAGUACGUGCUGUGCAGGGAGGAGCGGCGACUGCAGCCCACCCCCACUGCCGUCCGGAUAAAGCAGGAGCCCCUGGACUAGGGCCUGCCUCGGUGCCCACCUGAGGCCCCGUGGCCCUGGGGCACCCCAGGAACCUGGAAACAGUGCUGGGAGUUGCAUCUACGCACGCUUGGCUGUGGGCAUGAAACUGAGGGUGGGGUCGGAGAGCCCAGAGCCGGCCCAAGGAUGCACGGCGGGGACCCCGCUAACAUGGCAACGGAAGGC